UUUUCGUGUCGGACGCUGGUACAUGCCACGUUUUAGGGGCGGGAUGCUGCCUACGUCACUUCCUUAGUCGGUGAAACGUGUUUACGUCACUUCCUUAGCAGGAAAUGGAGUUGGCACGCUAGUCGGUGAAACAUGUUUAAGGUUGUGCGCGCGGCCGCUCACUUCCGUGGCGUGCUGCGGUCCUCCGCUCGGGGGAGCGGCUCACUUCCGGGUUUGAAGGCCGAGCUAGGACGCGCCUCGGCCCGCCAUGUCCACGGCGGACACCGGGGAGCCCGCAGGAGCUGCGUGGUAGACCCGAGCCACGAAGAAACCUUCCUGUUUGUGGAGCUGACAGAUCCAGAAGAGGAACCCAAAUUUGAGUUUGGUGUGGAUCCAAGGCCGACCCUCCCUCGGACCCGUCCUCACCAGCAGACUCCACAUGAGGUCCGGGGUCGGCAGGAUGGACCUGGGCAGGACCAUGAGGUAGAACAGACUCCACAUGGGGUCCGGGGUCGGCAGGAAGGACCUGGGCAGGACCAUGAGGUGGAAUCUGACAUCCAUUUCCAUGACGAGGACUUCCCGCUGGACCCGAGCAUGGUGGCCUCUAAAAAGAAGAAGAAGAAGGCGGCGCUGAAAGGCCAACAUAAGAUCUACGGUACGCCAGACGGGGAGGAACCCAGCAGCGACAUUCAUUGCUUGGGCUGCGGCAGCAUCCUGCACUGCCGGGACGCGGUGGCCCCCGGGUACCUGCCCAGCGAGAAGUACAGGGUCCUGCUGCAGGAGAAAGGUCUGAGCGGCGCCACCUGCCAGCGCUGCCACCUCCUGCGCCAUCACCAAAAGGCCGUCAGAGUCCAAAUGUCCAAGGAGGAGUUCCGCCACGUGGUGCAGACCAUCCGCUCUAAGAGGGCGCUGGUACUUCUUUGCGUGGACCUCCUGGACGUCCCGGACUCCGUGGUUCCCGACCUUGCGGAGUUGGUGGGCGCCAACAAACACAUCGUGGUCCUCGGCAACAAGAUCGAUCUCCUCCCUGGAGACUCUCCCAACUACCUGCAGCGCAUCAAGCGCCAGCUCUCUCAGUACUGCCAGGAGGCCGGUUUCGGGAGUCAGGUGACCGACGUCCACCUGGUCAGCGCCAAGACCGGAUACGGGAUCGAGGGUCUGAUCUCUAGCCUGCAGAGCACCUGGAAGUACAAAGGCGACGUCUACCUGGUGGGGAGCGCCAACGCGGGCAAGUCCACGCUCUUCAACACGUUGCUUGAGUCCGACUUCUGCAAAUCCAAAACCUCCAGCGAUCGUAAAGCCACCAUUUCCCCCUGGCCUGGGACCACUCUCAACCUGCUCAAAUUCCCCAUCAUCAACCCCACGCCGUACAGAAUGUUCCGGCGGCAGAAGCGUCUUGGAGAAUGGGACCGGCAGACGGAAGAUCAGCUGCCGCCUGACGAAGUGAAGAGGCUGCAAGACUUCCGUCGCCAGGGAUACUUAGUGGGUCGUGUGGGGAGAACUUUCCUGCCCACAGUCCAACCGAGAGGGAUCUCAUUUGACCCCGACAGUUUAGCUUUUGGGGAGAACAGCGAGGAAGAACAGAGCACGGAGAAAGAAGCCUCGGCAGACGAGUUCACCUACAACGAGCUGAAAGGCGCUCACUGGCUGUUCGACACACCAGGAAUCAUGAAGGAGCACGACGUCAUGGCUCUGCUGAAUGAACAGGAAGUGAAAGCCCUGGUUUCUACGCGGGCUAUCGUACCUCGCACCUUCGUACUCAAGCCCGGAAUGAGUCUCUUUGUGGGAGCUCUCGCUCGGAUCGACUUCCUGCAGGGCGAGCAGUCCUGCUGGUUCUCUGUGCUGACCUCCGCUUACCUACCUCUUCACCUCACCACUGUGGACAAGGCCGACAGUGUCUACCACAAACAUGCUGGACAUCAGCUGCUGGGGGUGCCAGCAGGAGGAGCAGAGCGCAUGAAGGACUUCCCGGCCUUGGUUCCUCAAGAGUUCCGGCUGGAAGGGUGCGGUCACACGGAGGCCGUGGCUGACAUCAAGCUGUCGUCCGCAGGCUGGGUGGCGGUGACUGCGCGGCAGGGUCAGCAGCUGCUGCUGGCGGUCCACGGCCCGCCCUCGCUGGCCUACGGCCUGAGGACGCCGCCGCUGCUUCCACACGUGGUCUCGCUGAAGGGAGCGCGAAUCCCCGGAUCGGCCGCCUACAAAGCCAAGAAGCCGUCGGGGAUGCUGGACCUCGGACUGUCCGCACGUGCGGCCUCCAGGCAGAAAGCCAAGGUCAAGAAGAAAUGAGAGGAAGUGACGUUUGCACCUGGGGAUAAGUUGAUUGGCAACACUAAAUGGUUCCUAGUGUGUGAAUGUUGUCUGCGUGGGCCCUGUGAUGAGGUGGUGACUUGUCCAGGGUGUACUCCGCCUUCCGCCCGAGUGUAGCUGAGAUAGGCUCCAGCACCCCCCGCAACCCCAAAAGGGACAAGCGGUGGAAAAUGGAUGGACGUUGUUGUCAACUAAAGAAAACAUUUGAUGACAAACUUUAUUUGAUGUGUGAAAACUGCUCAUUUCUAUCAGACGUGAAACAAGCCACUUCAUUAGGAACACAUGCUGGGAAUGUCUUGAAUAUUUUCCUCCCAGAAGAAACAUUUGUGCUUCCAUUACAGUGCAAAUUGUGGUUUUCUUUGCUGAAAUAUUUACUGUUUUAUGUUUAUUAGGGAUGUCUGAUAAUAUCGGCCUGCCGAUAUUAUCGGCCGAUAAAUGCGUUAAAAUGUAAUAUUGGAAAUUAUCGGUAUUGUUUUUUUUAUUAUCUGUAUCGUUUUUUUUUAAUUAAAUCAACAUAAAAAACACAAGAUACACUUACAAUUAGUGCACCAACCCAAAAAACCUCCCUCCCCCCAUUUCUUCCUGUUAUCAAUAUUCUGGUUCCUACAUUAUAUAUCAAUAUAUAUCAAUACAGUCUGCAAGGGAUACAGUCCGUAAGCACACAUGAUUGUGCGUGCUGCUGCUCCACUAAUAGUACUAACCUUUAACAGUUAAUUUUACUCAUUUUCAUUAAUUACUAGUUUCUAUGUAACUGUUUUUAUAUUGUUGUACUUUCUUUUUUAUUCAAGAAAAUGUUUUUAAUUUAGUUAUCUUAUUUUAUUAUUUUUUUUAAAAAGUACCUUAUCUUCACCAUACAUGGUUGUCCAAAUUAGGCAUAAUGUGUUGAUUCCACGACUGCAUAUAUCGGUUGAUAUCGGUAUCGGUAAUUAAAGACUUGGACAAUAUCGGAUAUCGGCAAAAAGCCAUUAUCGGACAUCCCUAAUGUUUAUACUCCAUCACAAUUGAGCUUUCAUACAUCAUCAAUAACAAAUCUAAAAAAAAUAAAUUUGCUUUUAUUUUGAAGGAAGUCACUAAAUAAUAGGCGUGGGAAUCUUUGAGCACCUAACUUGUCAUCCAAUUCACUGGGUGAUGAUUCCACUCAACACUGUUUUAUUUGGUAUAUUCAUUAUCAAAGUCUUUAAAAACUCAUUCUGAUAAAUGAGGAUGAAUAAGAACAUAAAUGGCAGCCAAACUGCUGAGCAAUAAUUGUUAGACAUCACCUUUCUUAUCCAGGAGGUUCUGAAUACAUGACACCAGUUAUUAUAACUAAUGUACCAAAUAAUA